CUCGAAUUAACACCACAUUCAGUAGUUGUGGCUACUACAAGGAGGCUGCCUUCAGAUUCUGGUGGUGCCUUCGCAGACUGGGCAACCACAUCCUCUGCCGGACGCGCCGCCGCCCCCGACGAUCUCUCCCUGGGAUUCAAUGCCGGUCCCGCCUCCGCCACCCGGGGGGCUCCGGCCGGAAUGUGGUCCGGAGGGUCUAGGUCAGUCAACUUUGGCCAUUCCGAGAUGGGCAUGGUGGGCCUUCGAGAUGUCUUCGUGGUGGCGUCUGCUUCUCCCUACCAUAACGACGUCGUCAUGCCCGAUCCUCACAACGGCGCCAUCCACGGCGUCGGCGUUAUCCCACUCCUCCCGGCGGGUCCUUGUCUCGACGGUGACACAGGCAACAUGCUCAAUCUCAGCAGUCAUAAUCGAAGCCGUAGCAGCGGAAUUCAGCUGUGGCAAGAUCAUUACCUGAAGGAGCACGGCCUUCCCGAGCACAACGGUACGACUAGCUCCGGCAAUCUUGCUCUCAGCGGCGGCGGCGGUGGAGGGUUAAGCGGCUCGGCUUUGAGCUCAGGAGGUACAACGUGUCAGGACUGUGGCAAUCAGGCGAAGAAAGAUUGUAGUCAUAGAAGGUGCAGAACUUGCUGCAAGAGCCGAGGUUUUGAUUGCCCUACUCACGUGAAGAGCACAUGGGUACCCGCUGCUCGUCGGAGGGAACGCCAGCAUAUGGCUGCCGCCGCUUCCGCUGCAGCCGGUGGUGGUGGUGGGUUCAGUGGAGCUACAUCAGUCGCCAAGAAACCUAAACUCGUCGCCUCGCAAACCACUACCGCCUCACGUACUUCUACUUCCAACACAACUCCUCCUCGAAGCUUUGACACUACCUCAAGCCAUCAAGAUGCGAGUUUCAAAGAGUCAUUGCCGGGUCAAGUACGUGCGCCGGCUGUGUUCAAGUGCGUUCGUGUUUCGGCGGUGGAUGACGGCGGAGACGACGAGUAUGCUUAUCAAGCAGUUGUGAAGAUUGGUGGCCAUGUGUUCAAAGGGAUUCUGUAUGAUCAAGGGGUUGAAAAUGGAGAAGCCUAUCCUAAUAUCUCUGACCUGCAUUUGGGCGGUGGUGGUGGUGGACACGGCGGAAGCAGCGGCGGUGCCGGAAGAAACGGAGCUUCUUCUUCGUCCCCAAUGCUUGAUCCUUCUGAUAUAUACGCCGCUGCUUCAGGUGGGGCUUUUCUUGCCGGUUCAACAUAUGGUAAUGCCAUAAAUUGAUGAGAAACUGUCUUUCCGAGUGCAAGAUAUUAAUGGAGACGGGCUUGGGAAGGAAGGAAGAAAGAAAGAAACCAAGAAUCAAAUCAUCAUCAUCAAUGAAUGAAUGACAAUGGAGGCCUAAUUUUCCAUCUUUUUGCUUAUUUUUCAUAGUGGGGGAUCAAUAU